AUGUGCCUCACGUCAGCUCUGAGGGAGACAGCAGCAGGUGAAGUUAGCGGGGGUCUGACCUUCCAUCACGGAUCAGAGUCUGCGUCCUGGAGGGGGGAGACCGGGGGAGACCAGGAGAGACCGGGGGGAGACAGGGGGAGACCAGGGGGAGAUCGGGGGAGACCGGGGGAGACAGGGGAGACGGGGGGAGACAGGGGGAGACAGAGGGAGACCGGGGGGAGACAGAGGGGAGACCCGGGGGAGACAGGGGGAGUCAGAGGGGAGACCGGGGGGAGACAGAGGGGAGACCCGGGGGAGACAGGGGGCAGACCGGGGGAAGACAGGGGGAGACAGGGGAGACCGGGGGAAGACAGGGGGAGACAGAGGGAGACCGGGAGACAGAGGGAGACAGAGGGGAGACCGGGGGCGACAGGGGGAGACAGAGGGGAGACCGGGGGGAGACAGAGGGGAGACAGAGGGGAGACCGGGGGGAGACAGGGGAGACUGCUUUAUCACUCCUCGUUGCCCAGAGCGGUGUCACGAGUCCCCUCAGAAGCAGCUGUUAUGUAA